AAAAGGCUUCAUUAGAGCAACACUGGUCGCAGCUAAACAGAAUAAAAUCUGAGUGAAAAUAUUAUGUUAAUUGCAUACAAACUCUAUGAAUUGUUGUGGUAAUUGGAUGGAUAUAUUUUGGAAAGCAUGGAUUUUUUAGCAUAUAUCAUCUUUUGUGUACUCAGAAUUGUAACUGCAGGUGGUGUAGAAUCUGUAGGAGACCUGAUCAUAGUGAAUUCUCUUCCAAUCAUUUCAAACCCUGAGACAUCACUCACUUGUAUUGCACCUGAAUGGAGUUCUCCAGAAUCAGUUACCAUAGUGAGGGACUUUGAUUCCCUCUUUAACCAACGUAACGCCCCACUGGAAGUAGCUCAAGAUGAAAUUAGAAGAUCAGUCAAAAAAGUGGUAUGGGAAAGAGAGAAAACAAGUGAAGCAUUUGGAGCUUACUACUGCGAAUGGAAAAUUAGAGAUACUGUGAAAAGGAUACGAACCUUGAAGAUAUCAGAGCAAGCAUCAUUCAUUCCAUCUUCCUUGACCGUUACAGCAAGCAAAGGAGAUAAUGUCACUCUUUAUUUCUCUAUAAAGAAACCAACGGAAGAAGAUGCUCUAAUCUACAAAAAUGGAUCAUUUACCAAUGCAGUCCCAAAGCAUGAAGUGCCUCAUUCACUUGAAGUUCCCUUAGCAAAUGUUCAGCCUAAUGAUGCAGUUAUGUACUCUGUCAAGUACAUAGGAGGAAACCAAUUUAAUACGGCAAUCACCAGGCUAAUUGUAAGAAGGUGUGAGAGAAAUAUGUGGGGACUGCAUUGUAACAAAACGUGUCCUGAGUGCCACAACAGUGGUAUAUGUCAUGAGGAUACCGGAGAAUGCAUCUGUCCUCCAGGCUUUAUGGGAACAACUUGCAAAAUGGCGUGCGGUUAUCAUAGUUUUGGCACAACUUGUAAACAGAGUUGUAAAAAAGAAGAAGGAUGCAAAUCACAGAUGUUCUGCUUGAUGGAUCCAUAUGGCUGCUCCUGCUCCUCGGGCUGGAAAGGACUUAUGUGUGAUGAAGCUUGUCCAGAUGGCUUUUAUGGGCCUGACUGUAAACUGAAGUGUCUAUGCAAACGUGGAACAUGUGACCGAUUUAAAGGGUGUCUGUGUCCUGAAGGCUCACGGGGGCUACACUGUGAAAACGAAGGUACAGCUGACAUGCCACCACAGAUAAAGGAUAUGGCAGGACCUUUAGAGCUGAAUUCUGGGACAGAGUUUAAGCCCACAUGCAAGGUCACUGGUCAUCCACUGCCUGUGAGUGAACAAUUUAGACUACACAAGCAUGACGGCACUAUGUUUCAGCCUGUUUCAGUUAAUAACGUCAAUCAGGAAGCAGUUGCUCAGUUUCAUGUUGGAAGGAUCCUACCUAGAGAUUCAGGCUUUUGGAUAUACAGCAUCAAAACAGAGGCAGGAAUGGCUGAGAAUUAUUUCCAUCUUUCUGUUAAAGUUCCUCCCCAGCCUCAAAAUGCCCCGAAGCUAAACAGCAGUGGACCACACCACCUCACCAUUCAGAUCAAUGCAGAACCUUACACAGGAGAUGGGCCUAUUGUAUCUACUAUGCUCUUAUAUAAACCAAAUGAGACAUUAAAACCAUGGCAGAACAUAGAUGUUCCUGCUAAUGAAAAUUUUGUGAAACUUGAUGGUUUAGAACCAAGAACUGAAUAUAAGGUUUGUGUCCAGCUGAGACGCAAAGGAGAAGGUGGCAGUGGGCAUCCUGGGCUAGAAGCUGUCUUCACAACUGAUGCCCUGGGUCUUCCACCACCCAGGGGUCUAACAUUAGUUCCCAAAAGUCAGCAUUCUCUACACUUAACAUGGAGCAAAGAAUCUGAAAGCUUGGGAGAAGAUCGGGUUUAUGAAGUUGAAUGCAGGAAAGUUAACAGCAGUGAUGACCUUCAGUAUAAAACAGACAAAAAUAUUCAACAUGGGAUUGUAAUUGAUAGUCUAGAGCCAAAGCUGUUAUAUCAGUGCCGGAUCCGUGUAAACACCAAGUCACAGGGGGAAUGGAGUGAGCCACUGUUUGCCUGGACAUAUAGUAACCAAAUUCCACCAGCUCCUGCCAACAUUAAUGUUUUUAACAUCACCGACUCAUCAGCUUACAUAUCCUGGACAGUUGAAGAGGGUCAUUCUAUCUCAUCUAUUAUUAUUCGCUACAAAAUUUUUGGCAAUACAGAGUACAACCAUGACAUUAAAAUUAAAAAUAUUACUAUUGUUCAGUACCAGCUGAAGGGUCUUGAAGCUAACACUCCAUACUGGGUUGAAAUCUGUGCAGAGAACAACAUUGGAGAAAGCCUGUCAAACACUGUACCGCUAAAGACACUUAAAGAAAUGAAAGCAUCACAUGAUACAAGAGAUGGAAACAUGUUGCUAAUUGCCAUUUUAGGCUCAGCUGGAAUGACCUGUUUGACAAUAUUACUGGCAUUUUUAAUCAUGUUACAGUUGAAACGAGCCAACUUUCAGCGUAGAAUGGUGCAGGCUUUUCAAAAUGGAGCAAGGGAAGAACCAGCAGUACAGUUUAACCUAAAUACGCUCCACCACCUAAAGAAAGCUAAAAACAGCCCUGAACCUGUUGUUUAUCCUGUACUGGAGUGGAAUGACAUUAAGUUCCAAGAUGUAAUUGGAGAGGGAAACUUUGGGCAAGUACUUAAAGCCAGAAUAAAGAAAGAUGGUCUACGUAUGGAUGCAGCUAUCAAGAGAAUGAAAGAAUAUGCAUCAAAAGAUGAUCACAGAGAUUUUGCAGGCGAACUGGAAGUCCUCUGUAAAUUAGGAAAUCAUCCAAAUAUCAUAAACCUUCUUGGGGCUUGUGAACAUCGAGGCUACUUGUACUUGGCUAUAGAAUAUGCUCCGCAUGGUAACUUAUUAGACUUCUUGAGAAAAAGCAGAGUACUGGAGACGGACCCUGCGUUUGCCAUAGCCAACAGCACUGCUUCCACCUUAUCCUCACAGCAGCUCCUGCAUUUUGCAGCGGAUGUGGCACGAGGCAUGGAUUACUUAAGUCAAAAGCAGUUCAUACACAGAGAUUUAGCAGCAAGAAACAUUUUGGUUGGGGAUAACUAUGUCGCAAAAAUUGCAGACUUUGGUUUAUCAAGAGGACAAGAAGUUUAUGUGAAAAAAACAAUGGGACGACUUCCAGUUCGAUGGAUGGCAAUUGAAUCUUUGAACUACAGCGUUUAUACAUCAAACAGUGAUGUAUGGUCAUUUGGAGUUUUAUUAUGGGAAAUUGUAAGCUUGGGAGGGACACCAUACUGUGGAUUGACAUGCGCAGAACUUUAUGAAAAAUUGCCACAAGGAUUCAGACUUGAGAAACCUCUCAACUGCGAAGAUGAAGUGUAUGAUCUCAUGCGCCAAUGCUGGCGUGAAAAGCCAUUUGAAAGACCAUCCUUUGGCAAAAUACUAGUGUCUCUUAACCGCAUGUUAGAAGAAAGAAAGACCUAUGUGAACACAAAACUUUCUGAAAAGUUCACCUAUGCUGGAAUUGACUGCUCUGCUGAGGAAGCGGCAUAACACUAACACGUGAUGUGCUGGUGAAGAUGAUUUAGAUGCACAACGUUGUGUUUGGUUUGAGACUGUCUAUAAUCUGUCUGUAGAAUACUUUUUAUACUAUACACCUAUAAAUGUUAUGUAAAUACCAUUGAUGUUUUUGUUCUGUAAAAUACCUUAUAUUUUGCAUAUUUGUUCUUAAAAGCUAAUUUUUUUCCACGAGUAAAAACAUGUCUAUUAACCUUUUUUUUAUUAUGUAAUGCAUCAACCCUAUUUUUGUAUUUUCAUAGCAAAAAUGAAGUGUUUGUGUGAGCAUUAAAGGAGGAUGGGACAUGCUAAAUUUUGGAAAUUAA